AUGCAGCGAGGCAGGGUGCGGGCGGCGCCGGCGGCGCUGCUGGCGCUGCUCUGCGCGGCGCUGCUCCCGCUCCGCCCGGAGGCCGCCAGGGCGCCCAAGCAGCGGCCGGCGCGGACGCGGAGCUGCGGCGAGCGGCCCGAGGAGCUGCUGGAGCAGCUGUACGGGCGGCUGGCGGCGGGCAUGCUCAGCGCCUUCCACCACACCCUGCAGCCCGAGCCGCCCGGCCGCCAGCACAACGCCAGCUGCCCCGCCGGGGCACGGCCGCCCGCCGACAAGAGGGUCCGGCUCCCCGUCAACCUGCGCAGCGCAUCGCCCUGGGCAUACAGGAUCUCCUACGAUCCCACGAGAUACCCUAAGUACAUUCCCGAAGCCUACUGCCUGUGCAAAGGCUGCCUGAUGGGGCUCUUUGGCGAGGAGAGCCUGCAGUUCCGCAGCACGCCGGUGUUCAUGCCCACCGUCAUCCUGCGCCGCACGCCCGCCUGCGCCGGCGGCCGCUACGUCUACACCGAGGAUUACAUCACCAUCCCCGUGGGCUGCACCUGCGUCCCCGAGCAGGAAAAGGAGGCAGAGAGCCUCAAUUCCAGCAUAGAUAAGCAAGAAGUGAAGUUGCUGGUGGGCCAGAACAAGCCCUCGUCGGAAUGAAGAACGGAUUAAAAGUCAUGUUUCAGUACUGGCCUCAUAUCAUCACCUCACCACCUCAGGAAACUGCACCGCAGCAGCAAACACAUUCACUCACCCUCUUUUUCUACUUAGUUAUUUCAGAUAUAAGAUGGAAAGCCCAGUCACUCAGAUCAUU